CUUGUCUACUGUAGAUUGAAUGAAGAUGGCGGCCAGUUCAGAGCGUAGUCCCCCUCCCUUCCCCGAAUUAGAGGACCAGGAACUAGAGCCCGAAUUAGAGGAUGAAGACAGCGAUGAAGGAGCAGAUAUUUUCACAGGCAGUACACUCUCUUCAAUGGAUCCCCCUCUUCCUGUGAGCACCAGUGAGCCUGACAAAGACAUCUUCAGUGGACCACGAGCAGAACCCUUGAAUAACCCACUGAGCGAGACGGCUGCUGAGCAACUGAAGGCUGUAAGUGGAGCAUCUAGUAAAGCCAAAGGUGAUGUCCCUGUGGAGGAGGCCGGCAGUGAGGAGCCGGAUGACCUGUUCAGUGAUCCCCUGGGGGAAUCUGGAGCUGAACUGGAGACACACACAAGCAAUGCUCCAUUACUGGACUUCAGUGAGGAACCACCAAAGAGUGAUCCCAUCAAGAAGGCAGCAAGUGCCGAUGAUUACAUCAAAAAGCCUCAGAAAGACAUUUUUGAAGAAUCCACAGAAGAUGGUGUUAAAGCAGCUGCCGCGCACGUAGGCAGCGUUGCGGCUGAAAAGAAAGUGCUGCACACCGACCUGUUUGGCGAUGGCGUUGAUGAUGACGAAGACAAGGAUGACCUGUUCAAGACACCUCCUGGAGCCAUGAUGAAGAAACCUCAGGCCUCGCUGUUCAGAGCAGAACCUGACGACAUCUUCCCUGAGGCGAAGACCGAAGCCAAACCAGCCACUAAAGCCAGUGCUAAGCAGCCUAACAAUGCGCCGACCGACCUCUUCACCGAAGAACCGUUCACAGUGAUGCCUGCUGCCAGGGCUGCUGUGAAACCUGCUGCGAUACCCAGUGCUAACACCAGCUCCAAGACCAAUGGACUGCACUCGGAUGAGGAGGAUCUCUUUGCGGAGGCCACAGUUGAGCUGUCUCUGGACAGUCCUCGUAAUGACCGCAGAAAGAGAGACGCGAUGAAGCCCUCGGAGCCAGUUCCCUGUCCGUCUACUUCGACUAGCUCCUCCAAGCCUCAGCCCAAAAAACUGGAGGAGCUGGAGGAGGAAGAGAAAGAAGACAAAUUUGAUUUGAACAUUUCAGUCACAAACCCAGAAAAAGUUGGCGAUGGUAUGAAUGCUUACAUGGCCUAUAGGGUAUCAACACAGACAACAUUGUCUAUGUUUCGCAGUAAGCAGCUCACAGUGCGUAGGCGCUUUAGUGAUUUUCUGGGUCUGUAUGAGAAACUCUCUGAGAAACAUUCGCCAAAUGGAUACAUCGUGCCUCCUGCACCAGAGAAGAGCAUUCUGGGAAUGACUAAAGUGAAGGUUGGCAAAGAGGACCUGUCUUCAGAUGAGUUUGUAGAGAGGAGGAGAGCUGCUCUAGAAAGGUACCUCCAGAGAGUUGUGUCCCAUCCUUCCCUGCUACAGGACCCAGAUGUGAGAGAGUUCUUAGAAAAAGAGGAGUUACCCAGGGCAGUUAGUACCCAGGCUCUGAGUGGAGCAGGUUUCCUGAAGAUGAUCAACAAAGCUACAGAUGCAGUCAGCAAGAUGACCAUCAAAAUGAAUGAGUCGGAUGUGUGGUUUGAAGAAAAGUUGCAGGAGGUAGAAAGUGAGGACCAGCAGCUACGGAAACUGCAUGGCAUGGUGGAGUCCCUGGUCAACCACAGGAAAGAGUUGUCUGUGAACACAGCAGUGUUUGCUAAGAGCGUGGCCAUGCUGGGCAGCUCGGAGGACAACACAGCAUUGUCGCGAGCCCUGUCUCAGCUGGCAGAGGUGGAGGACCGCAUCGAGCAGCUUCAUCAAGACCAGGCAGCCAACGACUUCUUCAUCUUCGCUGAGCUCCUUGCCGACUACAUACGGCUGCUGGGGGCUGUGAGGGCUUGCUUUGACCAGCGCAUGAAGGCAUGGCAGCGGUGGCAGGAUGGUCAGAACAUGCUGCAGAAGAAGAGAGAGGCCGAGGCCAAACUGCUGUGGGCCAACAAACCAGAAAAACUGCAGCAGGCCAAGGAUGAGAUUGGCGAGUGGGAGGGCAGGGUCAGUCAGUACGAACGAGACUUCGACAGAGUCUCUGCUACCGUGCGCAAAGAGGUCAUGAGGUUUGAGAAAGAGAAGACUCGGGAUUUCAAGAAGCAAAUUAUUAAAUACCUGCAAUCUUUGUUACAUUCAGAGCAACAGCUGAUAAAGUACUGGGAGGCAUUUUUGCCAGAGGCAAAAGCAAUCGCAUGAGAAUGUACACACUUAUAAACCAACACAUACACAGGCCUGCAUAAGACUGUGUCUUUUCUAUACACUUUACCUCUUGUCUAUAAACCAAGAGAAGAGACCCAAUUCAAAAGGGAAAGAGAAACAAUUGAUACUUUUUUAUUGCCAGAAAUUUAUAGCUCUUCACUCUAACUGUUGUAUUAAUAAUUGUAUAGUUUUCAUUUAACCUCCACGUAUAUUUUCUUAUUGACAACUAUUACUAGGGGAUGUACAUGCAUGGUGGUGGGGUGGGUGUUGUCUUCCUUAUGUGUAUGCAAAUCCUUUUUUUUUUUUUUUUGAGGGGGGUGUGUGUAUUAUUACGUGCCAUUAGUGUAAAUGGUAUUCACGCCACACAGAGGGAGGAGGCACUCUGAGAUUUGACUCACCAGAAAUGUUAAUCGUUUACAGUAGGGGGCCCUCUCCCUCCACACAAAUGCACUUAACUAUAUAUCACUUCCUUUUUCUCCUCUUUAUGUGUACUAUUUCAAAAUCUGCAGAGUCUCAUCUAGCCCCUUCCUAACACUCAUGCCUUGUGUUAUUCAGGCUGGUUUGAUGUCUGGUCUAGUUAGGAGGAGGAGCAAGGGACAGGAUGCUUUCUCCACCUUUUAAGAACUGGGCCAUUGUGAGCAUUAGGUCAGCUUUUAAGUGUUUCAUUGAAACAAUUCCAUGGAGUGGGAGAUGGCAGGUGUUAGGAAAUCUAAUUGCUUGCAAGUAAAGUCAAGAAAAAAUACUUUCUGGAAUCAAGGCAAUGGAUUCCAUUAAAUUCCAUUUAAAUUUCGACUAUGUGUUUAAAUAAUUUAGCAUUUUGCUCAGAUCGACAUUUUUCAAAAUGUGUAGAGUCUCAUAAGAAUGGUUACAAUUACAGUGGCAUGUCACACAGUACUGUGCAUCUGUAAGCAGAUAUGCAGUGGUUAAGAGACUAUCAUUAAAAUGCAGUAGUGCUUUCUAGGACAAAGUAACAGUGUCUGCCAUUCCAUCCAUUCAUUACACUUGUUCUCUAAAAGCAAAUUCUCUCCUUUUUUUCCUUGGACAUUAAGCUGCAGAAAUAUGCAUAUCACCACUUAAUGGAUUUUCCUUGAUCACUCAAAUGAUAUUCUGCACUUUGGAUUUUACAGUGUUCAUCUUUAAAGAAAAACCUCAUCAUGGUUCUUAUGGACUGGCUUUAGUUAAACUUCAUUUAUAUAAUAAAGAAAACUCUACAAACAUACUAGAGGCAGUGCAUUGUAAAGGCAACUGUCACUUCAGAGGAAGCUGUUGCAUAGUUUAUUUUGAAAGAUGACGGAGAGGUUGAAGAGUGUUUGAGCACUUAUGCUGCGAGCCAGUGAUUAAAAAAAAAAAAAAAAAACAAACACAAAAAAAGUUCCCAUCCCAAAAUAGCAUUCUUUUGUUUUUUGUUUUGUUUUGGUUUUUUUUGGAGGGGGGGUUCCAUAAACUGUAAGCAUAGUAAAUCGGAAGCAAACGAUCAUCGUUAAAAUUUAAACACUGGCUUGUGUUGCAGCAUUCUUUUUUAUUCUUCCUUUCUCCUUUUUAAAACCAUGUUGUCCAUUACUCUGUUAAGAACAGAUAUGGGCCAAUGUCUUUGACUUACCACUUUCAUUUGUGUAGUUUAAGUCAACACAGUUAUCAUGUUACUUUUUUUUUUUUUUGCCAACUUUUUUCCUUCGUAUAAGUGACAGUGAUAAUCAUGGGAUUUGUUGUAUCUCUGCCAAUAAUGAUUAACUUGCGGUUUUUGACAAAUAAUCAGUUUUCACUUAAAUAUGCUGUUAACAGCUGACAUUUUAUUGGAAGAUGAGACUUGACUGCAGCUCCUCCCACCGGUUAAUAAACUGAGUUGGGAUUUCCCCCCAGGCCUGAGGGCAAUGUUGGCCCUCUAGGUGGCAUCUUUAUGAGCCAAAUUUGGAUAGUGCCAGUCAUGGGUUUGACAUGAGUCCCUUUAAUUGCUAUAAAUGAUCAGAAAGUAAGAUUUUCUUUAUUAGACCAUAUGUUUUGUUAUCUUUCAAUCAAGCCAGUAGAUAUCAUUUAAGUGCGCCUUCUGUUGGGAUACCCAAUAAAGAUAGUUUUAAAAAAA